AUGCAGCUUCAGAAAGAUUCAUUGGACAAUUCCCAUUCAUUCUAUAUUUUCGCGCUGUCAAGCCAAAGGUCUUGUACCCUUAUAAAGCCACUAGUUGCAGCUCUGAAGAAGUUGAAAAUUUCAGAUAAGGAGGUGGUGAAAGUAGCGUGGAAUUUUGUGAAUGAUUGGGUCCGCACGACGCUUUGCUUGCAGUACAAACCACAUUAUAUAGCCGCAGGUUCUCUGUACCUUGCUGUAAAAUUUCAGAAGAUGAAAAUGCCUUCAGAGAAUGGGAAUAUGUGGUGGAUGCAAUUUGAUAUUUCACCCAAAAAAUUGGAAGAGGUCAUUCAGCAUAUGCUUGGAUUGCUAGGGAAGAAUAACAAACAAGCAUUACAAUCCUCAUUUAGUGGGAAAUCAAAACAAAAGCCUAAAGAAGAAUCUAAUAGCGCAGAAUCAUGCAUUUCAAGCUACUCUAUCAUCAGGCAAGAUUCAAGCAAUAUAUCAUUGGCAAAUGCUGGAGCACUUCUGAAAUCUGCAACUGCCGUAGGCAAUCAGAAACAGCUGUGUGGUGAUGCUCUUGAUCCCAUAAGAAAUACCGAGCACCAUCAGAUCAGUGAGCCUGGUAGUGCAAAUAGUGUUGUUGAGGACUGCGACAAUGAGCUGAUAACAAGAGACUCUGGCCAGAAAUCUUCUUGUGCAAUUUCGUCAGUUGAAGAGAGUUAUCAGAAGAUUGAUAUAAAUAUGGCUCCAGGUAGCGCAGAAUCAUGCAUAUCAGGCGGUUCAGUGGGCAAAGUUUCACACAAGAUUCCAUUGGCAACUGUUGGAGUAAACUUGUCCACUUCUGCAAUUGCCAAUUGCAACCAGAAACUGCCACGUCCUGAUAUUACUGUGACAAAAACUGAGCGGUGCCGGGGUGGUGAUUCUCAUAGUGUAAAUAUUGUCAUUGAUGAUGGUGGUGACCUUGAGCCAAUAUCAGGAGACUCUGGUCAGAAAUCGGGUUUGAAGAUUGAUAUAAUUACAAUAAGAGAGAGAAUAAAGAGGAGGAAACUCGAAAGGAUAACAAGUAAGAAGCCCACAGAAACCAUGGACGAGGAGAUAGUAGAUGGUGAGGCUUGGAUAGAGAGAGAGCUGGAAAGGAUAUCGAGUUAGUUUCUACUCAUUCAGAGGAGCGAAGAGGGUUGAAUAAUCGGAAUAAAGGAAGUCGGCUACUUGGUUUAGCUAGAAAUGCAGCUUCAGAAAGAUUCAUUGGACAAUUCCCAUUCAUUCUAUAUUUUCGCGCGUGUAGCGAACUGCAUUAUGCUUCUUGAUCCAUAUAUUGGUGUACAAUAUAGUGUCAAGCCAAAGGUCUUGUUUAACGCUCUGAAUCUGAUAGGGCCUACAAUACUUGUUAAAAGAUAAGAAGAACAUUUUCUUUAUAGGUGACAAUUAUUUCCAUCUGAAACUUCAAGGCCAGUUUUGGGUACAUUCGUCUCGACAGUUUCUAUCGAGUGUGUCCGGCUUAGUGGGAGGUGAAAAGUUUUUUUCUGUGUACAUAUAUGUUCUAACGCUUGUCUGUGUAUAUGUAUAUUUUUAAAUCAUGAAGCAAAAUGACAGAUUAAUUUUAA